CAGUGAGCAACGCAGGAAAACAACAAAGAAUUAUCGACUAUAUUUACCCGAUCAUAACCGUCGUUUGUUGUACAACCGAUUUUUAUGGCGAGCUCAAUCAUCGUAGGUUGCAUCCUGCUGGCACUACUCUGUGUCGCAUCGGCACAGAGUGUCACCUACCGGCAGGCAAUCUGUGAAUGGUCUUCCGGCAACAUUUGCUGCCCCGACGACACCCGGAUCCGAAUUUCGUCCGUGGCGUACGGCCGGCAGCCGGGUUCGGCCGGUCUCUGUCCUGGAACCAACACAAACAACUGCAGUCAGUUCAACAAGGUCACCGAUUACGUCUCCCACUGCAACGGCCAGGAGUGCUGCACGAUCGCUGCCACUAACGAUGGCCUUGGCGGUGAUCCCUGCUACGGCACGCACAAGUACGCCAUCGUCACCUGGACCUGCAGUUAGAGAGGAACUACAGACUGGCAGUUUUCUUCUAAGAAGACUAGAGU